GACGUGCCUAAAUGAGUUAGCAAGUUUCGACUUUCGGAAUGAUCAGCAAGCUGGACAGGUAAGUGAAAACAAAACAAGUGAUAGUGAGAGACAGGGUUUUUUUUUUUUUUUAGUCUAUAUGCUGUAUGCAGAUUAAGCCAACUAUGUACCCAUCUUUAUAAGAACUUAUUAAUAAAGGAAUAAAUCAAUGCAUUCAGUUCAUGCACUUUAACGACAUGCAAAGGCAUUGACCUGUUUUCAGACUUUCUCCAGUUUCAGAAAGUGUAAAUUGAAACUGGUAGUUAUUAGUGUGAGUGAUUGUGGCAAUGAUUUGAUGCAUGAGUCUAUUUUUAAAUGCACAUGGUUAAGAAGUAAGUCUAAACUCAACCGACUGCAGGUGUCCCAGUCAUGGUGAACAACGUGAUCAUUACAAGAAUCUGAUGGGAGUUUCUGAUUUAUUCGAUUUUUAUAUGAUGCAACAGUUCCUUUCGUCAUUAUAUUUUGAUUAUAUUUUAUAUUUGUAUAAUGUGAAUGGAACUAUUUUAGCACAAUAUUGCAGUAUAGAAGUUAGUAUUAAUAAAAAUACUAUUUUAAACAGUAUUAAAAAUAUCAAAAAAUCCUUGCACUUUGCAAGACAUUUAUUUGAGAAUCAGAAGACUUGUUUACAUGGAAUGUAUCUUGAAUUAUGUUUAACCCGUGAUUUUUGCUGUGUGUACUCCAUUAUCUAUUUUUAAUGAUAAAUGUGAUUAAAAUGAAUAACAGAGUGUCAUAUUUUGCUGUAGUGUGCUCAUGACCCAGAGGAAAUUUAUCUUCCAUUAUAAGAAUGUGCGCUGGGCCCGAGGGAGAAACGAGACGUACCUUUGUUUUGUAGUAAAGAGACGCACUGGCCCAGACUCCCUCUCGUUUGACUUCGGACACCUGCGCAAUCGCACCGGCUGCCAUGUAGAACUGCUCUUUCUGCGUCACUUGGGUGCGUUGUGUCCGGGCCUGUGUGGUUCCAGUGUGGACGGAGCGAGAAUGUGUUAUUCAGUGACCUGGUUCUGCUCCUGGUCGCCCUGCUCUAAAUGCGCUCAACAACUUGCCCACUUCCUGUCGCAGACGCCCAACCUGCGUCUGAGAAUCUUUGUGUCACGCCUUUACUUCUGUGAUGAAGAGGACAGCCAGGAGAGGGAAGGACUGCGACACUUGAAGAGGGCAGGAGUGCAGAUCUCUGUGAUGACUUAUAAAGACUAUUUCUACUGCUGGCAAACAUUUGUUGCACGGAGGGAGAGGAGAUUUAAAGCCUGGGAUGGCCUUCAGCAAAACUCUGUCCGACUCGUGCGAAAACUCAAUCGGAUCCUGCAGCCCUGCGAGACUGAGGAUCUGAGGGAUGUGUUUGCUUUACUCGGGCUAUGAUUGCAAAUAUGAGAUUCACAAAUCAAUGAACACUGAGAUAUGAACUGACUGGGAUGAAGAGAAAUGGUGCUGUAUUACCUGAGACUUGAAUCCUUUGACUUGAAUUUGACUUAAUACUGAUCUUGUACUGUAUGUAUAGCAUUAAUGUGUUUUUUUGGAUGUCAAAAUAAAAGCUGUUAUUUGGCAUUA